GACUCGGACGUGUGGGACGACACGGCCCUCAUCAAGGCGUACGACAAGGCGGUGGCCUCCUUCAAGAAUGCUUUGAAGAACGGAGAGUGUUCGGACCCUUCGGACAAACAGGAGCAGCGCCUGGGGAUGAAGAGGAAAAACAAGAAGAACAGAAAUAGAAAGAAGAGCAACCCACUGUCUUUGAAACAGUGGAAAGUUGGCGACAGCUGUAAUGCUAUUUGGUCUGAGGACGGUAACGUGUACCUAGCAACUAUUGCCUCCAUCAAUCAGAAGAGAGGCACAUGUGUUGUUACUUACACGGGAUAUGGAAAUCAGGAGGAGCAGAAUCUCUCUGAUCUACUUCCUCCAGCCAGCGAUGAAACAAAUGAAAAUGAGACUCCAUAUUCAACAGACGAAAGUGAAAAAUCUUCCCAGUCACCUCAAAACAAAACCAACUGCACGAAAGCAAGAUUCUCCCCUCAAAACCUACAUUUUCCUGCACCACCAGCCCCAGGCCUGGGCAGGCCUGGAUCAAAAUUCAGGGCACCUCCAUCGUUUUUGUCUUGCUGGCCCCCGCCCUUCCCAGCAGGACCACCGUUGAUUCCUCCUCCGCCAUUUACGAGGCCAGACUCUGCUGAGGAUGAUGAAGCAUUGGGGAGCAUGUUGAUAGCCUGGUACAUGAGUGGUUAUCACACUGGGUAUUACCUGGGUCUAAAACAAAGUCGAAUGGAGGCAGCAGUGGAGAGAGAAUUGCAUGCAAAAUAA